CUCACCAUUUGAAGUACUUUGUACUCAGAUGUCUUGCUCUACUUUGCACAGAGACACACACACACGCAGAGAGAAGGGCACAUUGUGCCAGUUGCACCCGGUUUCUUUCUUUGAACAGAUCCUGUUUUGCAUUUCAUUGGUAACUCUGAAAACAAACAUUGAGGCUGAUCUGCAGAUGACAGAGAUUAGUUCUCCAACUUCUUCUUUUAAAUGCAAAGUGGUGGGGAGCAGCCCACUUUCAGUUUGUUAUUGGCAAUCAAUGUUUCGCGUGACCCUAUCAAGCCUUUUGUUGUUGUGCAAGAGGAGGUUCUUUUGAGGAACUGGUGCAGAAACAUUGCUUAUACAGCUUUAGGCUGCGAGGACUGCUACCAUGGGAACUGCCAGCUCGAGAGGGGCUCACAAGAGGUCCUCCAGGGUGCUAUUGAUGGGCCUGGAUUCAGCGGGCAAGUCCACACUUCUAUACAAACUCAAACUCAACCGGACUGUGCAAACCUCGCCCACUAUUGGCUUCAAUGUGGAAAUGCUGGAGCUGGAGAAACAGCUCUCCCUGACGGUCUGGGAUGUGGGCGGCCAGGACCAGAUGAGGCCCAACUGGAAGCACUUCUUAGAGGACAGUGAUGGCUUGGUCUUCGUGGUGGACAGCACGGACGAAGCCAGGCUGGAGGAGGCCAAAAAGGAGCUGAAGCGGGUCUUGAAGCAUGACAGCAUGAAAGAGAUCCCAUUAAUGGUGCUGGCCAACAAGCAGGAUGUACCCAGCUCUCUGUCCAUCAGGGAGAUUGCUCUCAGAUUGAACCUCAUGAGCUACGAAAACAGAGACUGGGAGAUCCAGGGCUGCAGUGCUUACACUGGGGAGGGACUGAAGCAGGCAUUUCGGUCUGUUUCGGAAUUAAUUAGAACCAAGUGAAACCUUCAGAUUGGGGAUUAAAGACUGAGAAUCUUCAUUAGACUAUUUAAAAUAUUUUAUAUACAGUACUGCAACUAGCUAUCUAUCUAUCUA